AUGAUCCAUAUAGAUGGUGUUGGGUGCGUAUUUAUAGAUCCUGGUAGAAGGGAUAUGUUAUUUUGCAUGGGUGAGAAAUGCGAAUCAAGACACGAUGGCUUCAUAUAUCGAUACACCAGCAAUCAAAGGGCUAAGGAGACAAAAUAUUUAGAAGCAAAACGGGAUACAAGUGAUCUCCUUUCAAACUAUUAUCAAAGUGAUUAUCCUGGAUCACUUCCUUUCAGGAAAAUAAAGCUUUCCUCUUAUAUCAAUAGGAAAUUGUCAGACGCUCGUCUGGCAAAGACCUUAAAGCAAAAAUUCGGUGAAGACCGUGUACUUGUUCUUGGCAACUGGUACACCAGUAAUCCAAAAUAUCACGAACCUAUCAAAGGUGUUGGUAUUAGGAGGAUGUUGAAGAAAGAAGGGUUACAAGUAUACUUGUUGGAUGAAUACAAAAUGUUGUCGUUCUGCCCCAAAUGUAAAAAUGGGAAACAACUUCUUAUAUUUUCUUUCACUAGAUGUACAAACCAAAAAUAUUUGGCUGCCGUUUUGAAUUUUAGAGAUAUUGUGUUAAGCCACAGGCAAGCCCUUGGUCGCCCCUCUAGAUUCAAAAGGGAAACAUCAAAACGUGAUUCAACAAGCACCACCACCUUCACUUCCAAAAAAGUCCGCUCUAUGCCUCCCGACGACGGUUCUCCUGAGAGAGGAAAUACUGAUAGAGUAAACGUAUGA